UAUAAAUAAAAGAUAGUCUUGCAGACUCUGUCGCUGAUCAACUCAGGACCAGGAGAUGUGUCUGCUGUGAGGGCUGGCUCCCAAUACUGGUAUUACUUUGGCUAUAGGUGGAAUUCAUCUUCUGACUUCCCUUCAGCCCCUGCUUGCAUAAAUCCUCUGGACGGAGAAUUUGCUGCAUCAGAGACCCCAGCUCCAAUUCAUGCUCUUCCUAUCACCAUGAAGGCUCCCCUCUUUCUCUACAUCCUCUUUGCUCUCCUAGACCUGGGUGCCUGUCUGCAGUGUGAGGUUUGCACUGGCUUUGGCAGGAACUGCAUGGGCAGCAUGGAGACCUGCAGUUCUGGAGAAGAUUCCUGUGCCAUCACUGUGUUUGAAAGCCUAAUAGUGGGAUUCAAUAUACAGCAGGUAACCAAGUCCUGCAUGGCAUCCAGUGAGUGCAGAGCUAGCCCUGUUGUUGCGAGGUUUGGGCAGGAAACAGCAAUAAGGAAGAGCACCACCUGUUGUGUGGGGGAUGCCUGCAGUACAGACUCCAUUACAAUGCCCCCAGCAGACACAACCUCAAAUGGCUGGCGUUGCCCUGCCUGCUCUUCUGUGUUUAUUCCAUGCAGCGAAGAGACCUUAGACUGCACUGGAUCUGAGACCCAAUGCAUCGCAGUAACCGGAAGCAUAGCAAUGGGUUCGUUUUCUUUACAGGCCACUUUGAAGGGUUGCGCCACUGAAUCCAUGUGCACCCUUUUAAAAGGAGAUUCAAGGACCUUCGGAGACAACAUAAAGAUAACCACAGCCACAUGCAGGCCAGCCCCUGGCGGGUCUGAACUGACUAAGGGACCAGGCCUGGGUGCAAGUGGCACAGCUAAGGGACCAGCCCCUACUGUAACCAGCCGGAUUAAGGGACCAGCCCCCAGUGCAGGUGGCACAGCUAAGGGACCAGCCCCUGGUGCAGCCAGCCCAACUAGGGGUCCAGCCCUUUUUGCGGCUGGCAUGACUCCAAGACCAUCUGGGCUUCUCCUCCUCCCAGUCCUCACAGGGUUAUUCCUGGUGAAGCUCCUCCCUUGAUCCCCAUAUUAUGCACUGGCGACACUUCACUGAGUAACACCUGUUCAGUUUGCAUUUGCCUUUCUCAGCUGCUGCUUUUCCAUUCCAGAGACUCUCACUUUCUAGACGGAUUUGCUUCCCCUUUAGUUUGUUGCACUGAAUAAAACAAACUGGAGAUCAAAAAACUCUGGAACUGGCUGAAUUAUUUUGACAGGAAAAAUUUGUCCAAAACCUGAUUAGAUUUAUGGAGACCCCUAGUGAUGAAAUUUGACAGCACAGUCAGGGAGCUACAGAGUCUGGGAGAACCACAGGGUGUGCCUGCGUCCAGCAGCCUUAAUAAAAGAUCCUCUAUUCAUCAAAGCAAGCCUGCCACUUCUACUGGUGGUGCACCCUACAGUAGGUAGCUGUAAAUUUACAGGUUUCAGAGUAGCAGCUGUGUUAGUCUGUAUCCGCAAAAAGAACAGGAGUACUUGUGGCACCUUAGAGACUAACAAAUUUUUAACAAAUUUACAGUCUACUUUGAAAAUUAUUGUUCAAAAUGUGGAAGAGAAUUUUUGUGGCAGAGCUGGGAACAGAAUCCUGGACGCCAAGGCCCCACCCCAGCACUUGCAUUGGAAUUACUCAUGUUUACACUUAGGCAUCACACUUAAGUAGCUUCCUGAAGUGAAACCUAAGGUGGCAGUCUGUUAGCUCAUGUGUUGUGCAGGUUUGGGGCACAUGGAGCUUUUCUCUGAGGUAAAAAAAAGCCCUUGAUUUUCCCACUUAGUCCCCUCUAAGCAACAGAAGCAGGUGGGAGGGAGCAUAAUUAGACAGACAAGGAGGGGAAGCAAAUAAAGUAAGGGGGAAGGAGGAUUUCUGCCCUGGGAAAUGUUUCCAUUCCAGGAACCACAGGUGCCGACUCCGUGAGCGCUCCGGGGCUCCAGCAUCCACAGAAAAAAAAGGUGGGUGCUCAGCACCCACCAGCUACAACUGUUCCAUGCUGCUGCCGCUGAUCAGCUGUUUGGUGGCUGAGGGAAGUGCUUGCGGAAGGGUGGAGAGUGGCGGGUGGAGCAGGGCGGGAAGAGGCGGAGUGAAGGUAGGGCCUCAGGGGAAGGGGCGGAGUGGUGGUGGGGCCUUGGGGUGAAGCAGGGGUGGAGCACCCUACCCCCCCCGGGAAAAAUAAAAAUCAGUGCAUGUGCCAGGAACAAUCAGCUCCUGUGUAACAAACACCAUGAUUAGAGCUGGUUGAAUUUUUUUUGGCACUUUUUAUGUUGAAAGUUCUUUAAAAAAGAUGAAAAUUUUGUGGUGGUUUUUUUUUAAAACUUUCCAUGUUUUGGGGAUGAAGCCCCCAAAUUCCAAGAGGUGUUUCCUGUUUUCAUCCUUUUUCAGCAGCAAAAUGGAAAAAGGGAAGCGUGGGAGGAAAACACCAGAACAUGUCCAUUCUGAACAUUUUUUGAAAGCAGAAAAGCUUUGAUUAAAAUUUUCUACCAAAAAAAAGUGAAACAAACAAACAAAAUCUCCCUUUUUAAAAUUAUUUUGAAAGUGUUCUCCCAAAACUAUUCUGUUUUUCAGCCAGCUCUGGAGAUCAUGACUAAGGCUAAGAUUUUGUCAUGGAUAUUUUUAGUUAAAGUCACGGGCAGGUCACGGGCAAAAAAGAAAAAUUCACAGAAGCCCUGACAUGUCCGUGACUUUGACUAAAAAUAUCUGUGACAAAAUGGGGAUCUGCGGGUCCCCACACCUCCUGAAGCAGGGCAGCUGCCGCCUGCAGCUCCGGGGGUCCCCCACUGCUUAUGGCAGCUGGGAGCUCCGGGUUACCCCUGCUACCCGCGGCUCCAGGGGCUGUGGCAGCUGGGAGCUCAGGGAUUCCCCCACCGCCCCCGGCAGCUGGAGCUGUGGGGUACCCCUGCCGCCUGCAGCUCUGGGGGCUAGGAGCUAAAGGGUUCCACCACCUCUGCUCCCAGCAGCCAGGAGCUUGGGGGUUCUGCCGCCACCCUCAGUGGCCGGGAGAUGCGGGGUUUCCCCCGCCACUGCCCUUAGUGGCCGGGAGCUGCAGAAUUCCUCUGGCUGCGGGGAGCUCUGGGGGUUCACCCGGCCGCUGGGAGCUCUGGGGAAUGCCCCCGUGGAAAGUGGGGGACCCUGAAGCUCCCGAUCACCACAGGCUGAAGUCAUGGAGGUUGUUGGAAGUCAUGGAUUCCGUGACUUCCGUGACUAAAUCGUAGGCUUUAUCAUUACCCUAAUCCUCCACAUAUUUCACUUAUGUGCUUAAUUUUGCUACCAUGAGGUGUCCCAUUGACAUUGACAGAAAAAAUUAGGGAGUACAGGUGUGUGUGUUUGUGUUUGUGUUUGUGGUGGGAGGGGGGGAAUUAAAGUUUUUGUUUCAGAAAACCUUUAAAAUUGAAUGUUUUCUAAACAAAAAAAAUUGUCUGUGGGGAAACAUUCCUUCCCAUCCACCCAUUUCUGACCCAUUUCUCCACUCCUUUUUUCAGCAGCAAAAUGGGUGUGAGGGGGGGAAAUAAAAGGUUGGUAGAACACAAAAUUUCCUAUUUCCAGUUUGUUCCUCUGGCAUUUAUAUUACAUUGUAAAUGAUAUAGUAUAAAAGUCCAAAUGAAAAAGUCAAAAUGAAACGUUUUGACCUUGUUGAAAUAUUGUGAUAAUUUUGCUGUCAAAUCUUUUAGUGAAUCUAAUAUACAACAAAAGUUUUGAUUCAGCAUUUUCUUGGGGGUGGUGACAGGAAGGGGGCUCUUCUGUUGGAACUAUUUGACUAGCUCUAAUGUUUACUACUUUACUAGCCCAAGCUACAAACCCCGGCCACAGUGUAAUUGCUGCCAGCAACAGACAGAAAGUGGAGAUGAACGUAGUCUGGGGCUUCCUACAGGAAGGGCAGAUUGAGGGAGGGUGUGACAUUCUGUACCUCAUAGUAGCAUCCCGGCACCCCCAUAUUCACCAUGGUGAUAUGAUUAUGAUAUGUUUUGUACAAAGUAUACCUUGCGAGGUAACAACAGUGGAGUAGCUAGACAGUGUUAAUGGCUCAUCAACACCCAUCAGGGAAAUAAUCCAUUAUCCCAGAGAUUGUAUGCAAUGGAGAAUUCUCAGAGAGCGCAUGUAUGCAAUGGAGACUGCUUGACCAAUGGGGACUGACUGAACCCCACAUCACAGCAUAGAUCUUUCCAGCAAUCUGAAAGAAACUAUAAAAGAGGGGAAGUGACAUCAUCACUUGGCCUCACUCCCCACAACUCAACACCAGGAAACAUGGCUGGAGGAUAAAGACUUUGAACUGGAGGAAGGUGGCCCCAGGCUGUAAACAGUCCCAAGCCUGUGUUUUGAAGACCUGUAACCUGCUUGUACCAUCUGUCAGAGGGAGACACUGCUUGAGACAAAUCCUGCAUAGUUUGUAGAACUUAGACUGCAAGUUUAUUUUUCUUUCUUAAGUAACCAACUUUGAUCUCUAUGCCUGCUGCUUAUAAUCACUUAAAAUCUAUCUUUCUGUAGUUAAUAAAUCAGGCUGUCAGCCCCAGGGCGAGGUGGGGGGCCUCCAGCUGUCAGUGCUCCACAAUGCCACACACAUUUAAGUCAGUGGAAGUGCUCCUGGUGAGGAUGCACAACGCCGACAGAGGAGGCAUAGUGUGAACAUGAACCACCACAGUACUUACUCCGGUGUCUGUAUGUCAGCCUAAUUUAGGUGAACUUUAUUUUGUAGUGUAGACUUGCCCUUAGAGUUUGAAAGAACUGUGCAGCUCACACCCAUCUUGAGAUGAGACUGUCUUAAUGGAACAACAACUGAGUGAGUGUUGAUGCUCCAGCAAUGGAAACAGUCAAAGAAGAUAUGAGCUAUCUCAGAGGAAUAGUGUUGGGCAGGCAUUGUGGCCAUUUUGGCUACUUGCCAAGAGCCAGAGCAACCACACCCAAUGUGUGUUAUUUGUAUAUUUAGUCAGCAAAAGAAAUGCUCACAAGCCUAAUAUUUGCAUGUAUCAUUACCUUUCUUUGUAGAUGAGCAGAAGUUGCUUGCUGCAUUAAUUCACCAGCAAUAAAAAGCUGCAAUUGGUCAGAUUUGUCCUUGUGACGUUCUGUACCUUUAUGGGAUCACCGUACACCCCCAUGUUCAUCUUUAUAAAAUGAUUGUGUGGUAUUGAAUGCAAAGUUUGUCAUGUUAGGUGUCUUCGGAAGGCUCAUGAUGCACUGAGCAUUGUUGUUAUAGUGAUGUUAUAGUAAUUGUUGUUACAGCAAUGUUAUAGUAAUGUUACAGGUUAUAAUUUCAUGUAUAUAGUUAUGAGGUGAAAAUGUGUCUUCAUGGCUUAAAAUAAUCCCAGGCAAAAACUCUCCAAGAGCAGAGAGGCAGUUCACACCUCAUCAGGGCAUGUAUGGGACAAACCCAGCCCAGCCUCACAGGAACAAAGGACGCUGGCCUAGGCAGCAACAAAGGGAUUUGUUGGACUUUUGAGUGAGUCACCCCCCUUCCUUUGGUCAGUUUGGGACUGCGAUGAGGUAAUACUCAUCUGACUCUGAAGGGGGGGCAAAGCCAAGAGGGAAAAAAGAACAUGAUAAAAGGGAGAGACGUUUGCCAUGCUCUUCCUCUCUCUUCCACCUACAUCUACAGACACCACCACCAGCAAGCGACUGAAGCGCUGAUCAAAGGGGAGAGCCUGAAGGGCAACCAGCCAGCCUGUGGUGAGACACAUCUAAGUUUGUAAGGGCAUUGAAAGUAUUAAGAUCAGCUUAGAAUGUGUUUUGUUUUUAUUUCAUUUGACUAAAUCUGACUUGUUAUGUUUUGACUUAUAAUCACUUAAAAUCUAUCUUUACAGUUAAUAACUCUGUUUGUUUAUUCUAUCUGAAGCAGUGCAUUUGGUUUGAAGUGUGUCAGAGACUCCCCUUAGGAUAACAAGCCUGGUGCAUAUCAAUUUCUUUGUUAAAUUGACGAACUCAUAUAAGCUUGCAGCAUCCAGCGGGCAUAACUGGACACUGCAAGAUGGAGAUUCCUGGGGUUGUGUCUGGGACCAGAGAUAUUGGCUAGUGUCAUUUGGUUGCACAAUCCAAGGAGCAGCUUACAUGCCAGAAGCUGUGUAUGAAUAGCCCAGGAGUGGGCGUUCUCACAGCAGAGCAGGAUAAGACUGGUUCGCAGAGUCAAGGAUUGGAGUGACCUAGCAGAUCACUGGUCUGGAUAACACCAAAGGGGAACAUCACAGUCCUCCCUUGCACUUACAGGGAAAUGGUAACAUUUUAGGACUCUAUAGGCUAUUUCGCGGUAGGUAGGUUCAGGGGGCUGGCACUGGUGACCUACCAUGUCCCAUCUUGUGCUCCUAGAUAGUCUAGGAAUGAGGAAUUGCUAGACUGGAUCAGACCCAAGGUCCAUCUAGCCCAGUAUCCUGUCUCUGACCAUGGCCAGUGUCAGAUUCAUGGAGUUUAAGGCUACAAGGGACUAACAGACCAUGUACUCUGGCUUCCUGUAUAGCACAGCCCCUUGAAUGUCACUCAGCUACUCCUGUGUGAAACCCAAUCAUGCUACAAAGGAAGGUAGAAGAUCCCCCACAAUAGCAGAUUUGUGGUAUUCUGGCCCCGACAUUAGGUCUCAUUCUGUACCUAAUACUUAGAGAUUGUCUUAAGCCCUGAAACAUGAGGUUUAUACCCCUUCCAAUGUUUUUGUUAUAAUUAAUUAUGAUAACUCUGGGUGUUGUUGAUAUCCACAUAAAUGUCCAAUCUGUAUUUGAAUCUUGCUGAAUUCUUGGCCUUAAUUUCUUCCUGUGGCAGUGAGUUCCACAGUCUAAUCCUGACUGAGUUGUGAUUCUGUCUUUACAAUGAGCAGGACCUGUGACCCCGGUGAUGUCAUGAAUCAUUUAAUAAAAUAAAGCACUUCCCCUU